AUGGACACCACAGGACUGCCUGGCGGCCGGGGCCUGGGAGGAGGGAGGGAGGCUUUCUUAAAGGAGGACGUGUCUACACCUCUUUCUCUGAGUGUCAGAGGCCUCCUUCCCCAUCAAGUCAAGAUCGGAGGGCUUCUCCUGGAGCUCUCUCUUUCCACGCCUGAUGCCCACUUCCAGAUCCGUUCCCCCGAAACGCCCCCCAAGCCUGCCUUCCCUUCUCCCCUCCAGGCUUUUACCCCAAACCCAGCGGCCGCCCACCCCGCCAAAAUAAAGGGCCGGCGCGCCAGGACAGCCGGCUCUCGCCUCCCGCGGGUCCCCGCCCCGGGCGCCCCCAGCCCGCCUGCGCCGCGGUCCCGCCCCCUGCCGCCACUCCUCCCGCCCGCUAGCCGCGCGCCGCCUUUGUCGCCCCUCACCCGCACGCGCGAGCUGUCACCACGGCGCGAGACAACCGAACGCGGCCCCGCCCCCUUCCCGCCCAUUGGCCCGCCCGCCGGAGCCCCGCCCCCCGGGCCCCGCAUUGCGCCAACGGCGCAGCGCAGGGCCCCGACCCGGCACAGACAUCCUCCCCCGGGGGUUCGCGCGGCGGCCGCCAAGUUUAGGGUUAGCCACCAACGCGCGGCCGACUUGAGCCUGGCGUAA